AUGCGUAAUCUAGUGACUUUGAACCAUGGGAAGUUCAAACCAACUUCAAUGGAUGUCGAAGAAUUCGACGUGGCUAUGGAAGUGGUUGAUAGUGUUUUUGAUACUUUAACUGACAGUAUAACUUGCGUUUUAGUCAAUAGUGAAAUUGGUAAAUAUGAAGUUCAACAAUUCAUGAAAGACGGAUCUAAAAACGUUUUAGUAUCGAGUAACUUUGAAACAUAUAACGAUACCCUUUUGUCAUUUGUUCAUUUUGCUGAUAUCAACCAGUUAGUAUUUAUUUUUAAAGGGGGUGACAUCAUCUCAUGUACUUAUGACAGUACUACAUUCGAUCCACUACUAACUGUUGUUGAAAUUGUUGGUUCCAUUGAUAAUGGAAUCGAAGCUGCAGAGUGGUCAUCUGAUGAAGAAACAUUAGUUUUAGUUACUGCAGACAGUAAUGUAGUUGUAUUAUCUAAGUUAUUUGAGCCAAUCUCUGAGGUCCCAUUGCAGGUUGAGGAUUUAAAAAUGUCAAAGCAUGUCAAUGUUGGUUGGGGUAAGAAAGAAACACAAUUCAGAGGUGCUGGUGCCCGUGAAAUGGAAAGACAAGCACUAGAAAGUUUAAAAGCAUCUGGUUUAGUUGGUAACGAAUUACGAGACCCAACUAUGCCUUAUAUGGUUGAUUCUGGUAUAGCUACAAACCAUGAUAACGGUUCCGUUUCUAUAUCUUGGAGAGGUGAUUGCGAAUACUUUGCUGUGUCUAGGCUACAGACAGUCACUGAUCCAGAUGAUGAAACUUUAACCAUUAAUAGAAGAGUCUUAAGAGUGUAUAACAGAGAAUGUGUUUUAGAUAGUGUAUCUGAGCCUGUCGAUGGAAUGGAACAUAACUUAAGUUGGAAGCCACAAGGCUCUUUAAUUGCAUCUAUCCAACGUAAAACACAUCUACCCGGGGAAGAAUCUUUAGAUUUGAUCUUCUUCGAAAGAAAUGGUUUAAGACAUGGAGAGUUUGAUACGCGGUUGCCGUUAGAUGAAGAUAUUAUCGAUAUUUGCUGGAAUAACAAUUCUGAAGUAUUGACAAUAGUUAUGAAAAACAAAAUUCAAUUAUGGACAUCUAAAAACUAUCACUGGUUUUUAAAGCAAGAGCUAUACACUAAUGGAGUUACUUAUGCAAAAUGGCACCCUGAAAAGGAUUUGACCUUAAUGUUUGGUUCAGAAGAUUUUGUAAAUAUUGUCGAUUUCUCUUAUAAAAUGAUCCAAGGUUCUACAUUUGCUCCAUUUGAUUAUGGUACUACUGUUGUUAUCGAUGGAACUACAGUGCAUAUAACUCCUUUAUCGAUUGCAACUGUUCCCCCACCAAUAUAUUUUAGAGAUUUUGAAACACCAGAUAAUGUAAUCGACGUUGCUGUAAAUAUUUCAAGUGAAGUAUAUGCUGCUUUAAACAAAGAUGCGCUUGUGUUAGCUUCUGUAAACAGCAUAGAAGAGAUGAGAGAUGGUAAGCAUCCGGAUAUUAGAUGUAUUUUACCUAAAACUGAAUUUGCGAAUGAAUCUGAUACACUAAGACAAGUUGCUUUCAUCAAUGAUUCAAUUGUGGCUGUUUUAUUCGAUUCUGGAAAUCUCUCUCAAAUUAGCAUUAUUGAUAUACAAGAUAUUAAUAAUCCUUAUGUUUUGAACACUAUCGAAAUCUUUAACAAAGUAUUACUAUUGAGAAGCUCAUUCGAAUACAAUAGUCUGGUUUACCAAUUACGUGAUGGUUCUAUUCAUAAAUUAGAUGCUGAAGGCCAAAUUGAGCAAAUUGCUCAGUUUCCUAGAAUAGUAUGUGAUUUUAGAGUCAAACGUGUCCAUAAUUCUCAGCAAUCUUCAGUUAAUGAGUGGAACUCAUCAAGUUCAGAGCUUGUUGCUAUUGGAUUAACAAGCAAUGGUAAACUAUAUGCCAAUGAUGUUCAACUAUCAUCUUCAGUCACUUCAAUGGAAAUAACAGAUACCAUGUUGCUUUUCACAUCGGCUCACCAUCAUUUACAAUUUAUUCAUUUGAAUAGUACUGAGUUUAAACCAGUUCCUAUCGUUGAAGGCUUAGUUGUAGACGAAAGAAUCCGUUCCAUUGAAAGAGGAUCUAUUAUUGUUAAUGUUAUGCCAUCUAAAUCAUCAGUUGUGUUGCAAGCAAAUCGUGGUAAUUUAGAAACCAUUUAUCCAAGAAUUAUGGUAUUGUCUGAAGUGCGUAAAGAUAUAUUGGCUAAAAAGUACAAAGAGGCAUUUGUUAUCUGUCGUACACAUAGAAUCAACCUUGACAUUUUACACGAUUAUGCUCCUGAAUUAUUCUUUGAUAAUAUAGAGUUGUUUAUAAAUGAAAUCAAGAAAGUAAGCUACCUAGACCUGUUUAUCUCAUGUUUAUUAGAAGAAGAUGUCACUGAAACGAAAUACAAAGAAACUUUAAACUCCGACAUAGAUGAAGCUUUUAAGCUGGCACCUGCCCCUCUUACAGAAAUACAACAAUAUGUGAACAAAAAGCACUUUGACCCUUCGAAGUCCAAGGUUAACAAGAUAUGUGACGCUCUUUUGAAUGUAUUUUUAAAUAAACCAGAAUACAAAAAAAAUAACUUACAAUCCAUAUUAACAGCUUAUGCCUCGUAUAAACCACAAAAAUUAGAAGAAGCAUUGACUUUGAUUUCCUCAUUAGAGAGUCCUUCCGAGCAAGAUGAAAGUAUAACAUAUCUAUGUUUCUUACAAGAUGUCAAUCUUGUUUAUAAGGUUGCUUUAUCAUUAUAUGAUGUCAAAUUAUCUUUAGCAGUUGCACAAAAAUCACAAAUGGAUCCUCGUGAGUAUCUACCAUUUUUACAAACACUUCAUGAAGCCGACACAAUUCAAUGCAAAUUUUUAAUUGAUGAUCAUUUAAAGAACUAUGAAAUGGCAUUAAGUCACUUAAUUGAAGGAGAAAAGUCUGAGUCUUCAGUUUCGGAAACAAUCAUCUCAUAUGUCGAAGAUCAUAAUUUAUAUAAACAUGCAUUAGCAUUGUUUAGAUAUGACACUUCUAAACAAAAUUAUAUUUAUGAAAUAUUCGCUAAAUUUUUAUCUUCUCAACAAGACUACACCGAGGCUGGUAUUAUUUUCGAAAUGCUAGAAAGAUAUGAAGAAUCUUUGAAUGCUUUUAUCUCAGGUAAAAGAUGGAAGGAAGCUCUAUCAAUUGUGUUAUCGUAUUUUCCUGAAAGAUUAAAUGACAUUGCUGAUGAUCUAAUUUCUAGCCUAAAAUUUGAGCACAAGUACCUGGAUGUUGCUGAAAUACAAUUACAUUUCUUGAAUAACGUGAAAGAUGCCAUGGAGAAUUAUUGUAAAGCAUAUGGAUACGAUAUAGCAAUGUUACUUGCAAUUAAAAAUGAUCGUAAAGACUUGAUCGAGUCAGUUGUAGAUAUCAAUUUAUCUGAAGGAUUUGCUGUGGUAGCUGAAUUAUUAGCUGACUGUAAAGGUCAAGUUAACUCUCAGUUAAAGAGAUUAAGAGAAUUAAGAGCUAAGAAAGAAGAAGACCCUUAUGCAUUCUACGGUCAAGAAACUGAACAAGCUGAUGAUGUAUCUAUUGCUCCAUCCGAAACGUCUACAAAAGAAUCAUUUUUCACAAGAUAUACUGGUAAAACUGGUGGCACUGCCAAGACCGGUGCAUCAAGACGUUCUUCUAAAAAUAGACGUCGUGAAGAACGUAAACGUGCUCGUGGUAAGAAAGGUACCAUCUAUGAAGAGGAAUAUUUGGUUAAGUCUAUUGGUAGAUUAAUUGAAAGAAUAGAUCAAACUAAACCUGACGCUAUAAAAUUAAUUGAUGCAUUAUGUAGAAGAAAUAUGAGAGAGCAAGCAUAUCAAAUCCAAAAGAAUUUUUCGGAAGUGUUGGCUUUACUAAAGGAGCAUCUUGUGGAAAUAUAUACUAUUAGCGAAAAAGAUAGAGAAAGAUUUGAUGAUAAUGGUGUUAUUUACUAUCUACCUGAAAUACCUAUUCCAAAUAUAGCUGAAUUUCCAGUGAACAAAGUUAUAGACUAUUGA